UGUCAAAUUCACAACCUAAAUCAGCACCACCGACCAAGUUUGUUGCUAUGCAGGCAAUGUGCGGGCUAAAACAACUCUAUUCAGAACUACAAAGCAAAAMGAUUUCUGUAACAAAGUCAAAGUACAAUGAAAAAACAAAAGCUGAACUUCAGUCCUUUACCUUACCAGCUAAAACCCUUGYAGGAAGAUAUAAAGUACUACAGUUGAUUGGCCAAGGACAGUCUUCCAUUAUCAUUGCUGCYGAGGACCUCUACCAUUUCGCCAAGAAAGCUGUAGCCAUCAAAAUAAUGAACCUUGAUUACACUUAUCUAGGGAUGCAGGAAGCCGAUUGCCUUUCUCAGUUAAGCAAAGCGGAUCCUCUCAAUGUGUCCAGGAUUGCCAGACUUUUGAAUAAGUUUAUGUUCCAAGAUCAUUUCUGUAUGGUUUUUGAGCUUUUGCAGCCAAGACCUUUGCACCAAUACUUUGAGGAAUCUAUUUUUGAUUCUGAGAAAGAAAAACUGGAAAAAAUCAGAGARGUUGCUGUGCAGGUACUGGCAGUGCUUGGUUUCUUAAGGAGAGAAAAUGUUAUUCAUGCUGAUUUAAARCCAGAGAAUAUUUUACUAGAGUCAGGCAGAAGAAUUAAAGUAAAAGUUAUAGAUUUUGGAAAUGCCAUUAGAUGGGUUCAUUGUGAGAUGUCUUUGUAUUAUGAYAACUUUGAGCUCCAGACUCUUCUAUAUAGAGCACCAGAGGUCUUAUUUGGUGUCACAUUUGGACCUGAAAUAGACAUGUGGUCAUUGGGAUGUAUACUGGCUGAGAUUACAGCCACUCUUGGUCCUCUUCCCCGAAUUCCUUAUCAGUCGGGGAAAUUUUACUAUGAAUUUUCAAGUUUUCUGACAUCCAAAUCAGGUCAUGAAGGUGCUUCAACUGAAAUGCGGCUCAUGAAGAAAUUGAACAACACAAGCAAUUUUUCUUUUGCUAGCUUCCUUGCUGGUUUGCUACACUUUAAUCCAAACCAAAGAUUUACACCAGUGCAAGCAAUACGWCAUCCAUUCUUAGUAGAACAUGUGCCUUUUGGAGGGUUUUUGUCAAAUGAUGUCAACGAGAUUCAAGGGUCCAGUGAUAAUCCCACAAGGUCUGGUAUUUUAUUAACUUCUUCACAAUAUACUCAUCGACCACAUAUUGACGAUGAUAUACGGAGACAGCAGCUGUCUGGAAUGAAACUUUUACGAGAAGGAACCAGAGGACAACAUUCUCUACCUCRACAGCCCGUUGGUCGUGUAGUUCCACUUGUAUCUGACAGCAUUUCGGGGACUCCUGACACGUUGUGCGCAGAAAGAAAACGAAUUGUUUUGUCAUCAGAAUCUGGAAGUUCUUCAAAGAAGAGAAUCAAGCUGAAUACACUACAGGAAGGCAAAGCCARCAAGAAGGACGAGUCUUCAAAGAAGGCAAGACGUUCUCUUAAUCUAAAUGUUGAACAUAUUUUGUUUGUUGGUUUCUUGACUAAUGGUAUUMUUUCUUUAGGACGUCGUGUUGCUAUAGUAUUUAACAAGGCCACAGGAUGA